AUGGCAACCUCGGUCCAAACUCUUCCCGUGACGCGUGGUCCCACCCAAAACUUCCGCAGCCCUUUCCCCUCCUCUCCCCUCUCCUCACUCUGCGGCAUGGGAAGCGUAGGAAGUCUGGUGGAGAAGCCAGAUGUGUCUCCGACUAAAGGUAACCGCGCGGUGCCUCAGGUGAGACCCAGACAAACCAACGGCCUGCUGAAGAAAGGCCUGACCCAGAGAGAGCUACUGAACUACCUCAACAUCACCAGGAAAGAGCCCAAAGCAGGGCCGAGCGGCAACGGCAAGAGGGACGUCAUCGGAGGCCUGGUGGAGGAUGACGUCUUCGCCAAAGUCUACAGUAAAGAUGGCACUGAAAUAGACCUGUCAAAAAACUCACUGCCAAGCGGGGGCAAGUACGAAAAGGUUCGGUUCAGGUCUUCUGCAUUCAAACCCGUCACACCUAAAAACUUCAGCUCCAUGCAAAACCUCUACCCCUCCUCCAAGUCGGAGGAUGUGGAUCACGGCCUUUCCAAUGGACUGCACAGAGCAUACGGCCACAUCUCCAAAACAGUCUCCACCUCCUCUUCAUCUUCCUCACCCUCCCGUCAUGGAGGACCGACAUCAUGUGGUAACAAGGCCAUCUCCUCGGUGCAAGUGAUGAGCCACGAGGAUGACAACCUGUCAGACUCAGGUCAUAACUCCAUGAGCAGUCUGCCGCCGUACCGCCCUCCGUUCCGUCCACAUCUGUCUCACAUCAGCGCUUCCAUGGGCCACAUCAACACCAUCGGCUCCUUAGAUCGAACCUCUCAGGGCCUGAAGGCUGCCGGGUCAGGGGGCAUGGCUAUGGGGGAGGUAGCAUGCCGAAGCAUGGCUACCCUAAACCGCCUGACCCCCUAUGGCAGCGAGGCUCCGCCUCCUUAUGAAUGGACACUGUCCCUCUCGGUGGAGGACGUGGUGCGGGAUCUGGAGGAGCGCCUGGUGGAAAAAGAACAUGAACUAAAACAGAUGAGGAGGAACCUGGACGAGAGCGAGGGCGCCAUCGCUCAGGUGUUUGAAGGGAAGCAGCGGCUGUGGGAGAAGGAGGUGGAGGAGCUGAAGCGCCUGUACGCCGCUAAGCUGCGUCAGGUCUCGCAGCACGCCCAGCGCUCCCAGCGCAGCAUGCAGUUGGAGCUGUUUCGGGCCCAGCAGGAGAAGAAUCGCCUGCAGGAGGAGCUCGACGGCCUGAAGCGGGACGCAGUCCGGGACGUCACGGCCGUGCCGAAGCCGACCAGUCCGACUCUAGAGGAGACACGGUGGGAGGUUUGUCAGAAGUCAGGGGAGAUCUCGUUGCUGAAGCAGCAGGUGAGGGACUCCCAGGCAGAAGUGACCCAGAAGCUGAGCGAGAUUUUCAAGCUGAAGACGCAGCUGAGGGAAACCCGGACGGAGCUGCGCAACAGGGAGGCCCAGAUAGACGCUCUGAACAUCAUCCUGCAGGGGACGCAGCGCGGCAAGUGUUCCUCCGCCGGAGAAAGCAAAAAAGGAGCCGAAGAGAGUCCAUCAGCAGGAGCAACAGGCGGCUCUGGGGGUCCCACAGAAGAGCGUCUGCGAGCGGAGCUGCUGCUGGAGCGGCGUCAGAGCGAGGCCCAGGCCACGGCCUUCGAGGAGGAGAGGAACACGUGGCAGACGGAGAAAGACAAGGUCAUCCGCUACCAGAAGGAGCUGCAGGCCAGUUACUUGGAGAUGUAUCACCGCAACGAAGCCCUGGAGAGGGAGCUGCAGCAGCUGAGGGCGGGUGGGGCGCAGGAAGGAAGGGGAGGCGGAGGAGGAGGAGAAGGAGGGAGCAGAGAUGGGACAACUGAGAAGGAGGCGAAGGAGCCGACACCUGACAGAGCAGCGGGAAAACAAGAAGAUACACCUUCCUCGAGCCUGCCGUGGAUAGACAGGAUUGAAUCGUCUGAAAUUUGAAUGUGACACACUUGUUUGCAAUGCAAACUGUUUUCUCCGAAAGCAUGGACCUACGCAAGAGCAAGUCUGCCUGGGAAAAAAAAAAGAAACGAGACACAAAAUAUACAAACUUGGAGAUUAUAAAAAAAAAACAAUUUAGCACAUCAAAAUCCUACACAAUUGAGUAAAUCUCUGAAAAGGAUGUGCUGCUGGAUUUAGUUGUGGUACCAAGUAAUCAAAUCAAAUAUAAAGUCAGAAGUAGUAGACCUAAAAAAAAAAAAAAGAGGUUGACAACAAAUUAUAAUAAACUGUGACCUUUGACCCUCAUAGAAGCCACUUAAAAAAAAAAAGGUACAAAUUAUGUGUUGAUUUACCUAAAUGAAGUUUGUAAAUUGUGAAAUUUGGGAAUGAAAACAUUUUUAAAAUAGAAACAGUAGCUCAGUCAGAAUAAAAAGAAACAUGUUAAUGUGAAACUUUUGACUGACAAUCUUGAAAUGGGAACCCAUUAUAUAAUUUCUCAUGUGUUUUUAGUAUUUUUGUGGUACAAAAAUAAGCUUCAUAGAUUCCCAUCUGACCCCCGCACUGCUUCUGCACCUUGAUUGUAUUAUUUCCCUUUUCGUGUAAAAGACCGGGACCGAUUACAUCCUUCUGGACGUGUUCUCGCCGACGCUUGUCUGUGCCACGUUUGUCCUCAGCAGAAUAUCUCCAAACCGCAAAAUCACAGGAAAAGCACUAUAAGACUUGUUUUAAACGAUCUUAUUGGCGACGAUAACCAAAGCAUUCAUUUAGUGAGGUCCCUACAGAUCCAACAAGGAACUAGCUGUUGACUGGAAUCAGCUUCACUGACUGGUUGGAGACUAUAUCUAUUGUUAUUGAGUGAAGAAGGUUUAUAGUUAGCUACUUUUAGGUUCAAAGUUGUUUAACAAAGGAGCAUUUUUGCUGCUCCUACUUCUGCAGCUGUAGUUGCUUUAUACCCAACUUUUUUCAGAAAGGAAAAGGAGCCCAUCUGCCAUGUUAGGUCAUUCCCACCAUCCAUGGGAACAUUUUGUUCAACUCACGAAGGAGAAAGUUGACCAUAAGCCAUCUUCACCAGAUACUAUGAAGGCUGAAUAUGUUGCUUUAGAAAACUUGGCUGCCUUUAAAAAUCUCAUAAGAAAGUAGGCGUGUGUGCGUUCUCUAGGGUUUUUAAACUGUGGCUUUAUUUAGAUGAACUCAAGAAAUCCCCAGCCUACUUAUUUGCAAGCAACAAAUGCAUGAAUGAAUUACACGACAGUGAUGGAGAGCUGGUUGGCACCUAUACAAAAUGUUUUCUUGUUUUUUCAAGCACUUUGAUCUCGGCCUUGGCACAGUGGAGAGAACUUCCAGAAGUCCCAUUACAAAAGUCCAAGUGUGCAAUGUGUGCGAGAAAGUUGUCAUGGGUUAAUAAGCAUGUUGUUACUAUGAAUAAUCAAUAGGUUUAUAUGCAAGGCAACCAUGUUGGAUUUUGAAGUCAGAGUUGGUGAGAAAGCUCCGACUACAAGAAACGUUUCUGUAAGUUUUCCAAAUAUGGGAUCUAAAAUCUAAACUUUCCAAAAACAGAAUAACUUACAUGAAUCCUUCAAUGGGUUCUAAUGCAUUCGACUGGGUUUUAUUGUUUAGUAUUUAUAAACACAACAAACUGAUAAAGUGGAAGUCCGGAUUAAAGACGGUAAAGCCGUGGAAACGGACAGAUUAAAUUACUAAAAACCCAGGAGGAUUUUAUCUGAUGGUAUAAUUUAGGGUCGCUAAAGUACGGAAGAAAUAUUUUAAACGCCAAUUCAGUUGUGGCUCUUCACAUAAUCUGGAACAGUCGAAUCUUUAGUAGCGGUCAAAGGUUUACAAAACCCAGAGAACGGAAAUUGGACACUUAACUCUCAUGGGCGCAUCUCCACUUAUGAUUCUGGCCCUGAUUAAUGUUUGCAGGAACAACACUGCACUAGUCUUUCGGCUGAAUUCAUGUAAAAAUUUUGCUUUUCUGGUUUUGGUGCAGGAAAAAAGAACAAAUAUCUGUCUGGUGCACAUCUCUUGAACAUACUUCCUUCGUUAGGUCUCUUUCAGGUGAGAUACACAAAUUUUGUACAUACCUGCACUUUCAGUUCAAUUCACCUUCUGUGGUUGUACUCCAAAGAGACUGUUGUCUUAAAACUGUGAAAUCUGUCAACUUCCAUAUUGUUUGAUUGCAGUAAAAAGGAGCCACUAGCUGUAAAUAAAGGCUAAAUUAAUACUCCCAAAUGCAUGACUGAUGUAAAAAAAAAAGUUCUGUUCUGUCUUAACUAUAAAUAUUCACAAACCAGCUCUUUGUUAAUCUUUGAAUAUACUGUGACUUGUCAAAUUACUGGAAUUAAAACUGUACAGAAUAAACAAAUCUUUGUUUUGGAUUAAUUCUGGUUAAAGUACUUAAAAUCAAGGGCCUUAAAUUCUUUAGAGUAUCUUUGGUAUUUUGGAUAAAUUCAAUAUUUUGAUGCCAAAUCCUGGAUAAUUUCUUCUCAAGUAGCAUCUUUUGGUAGAAAGAGCGCAAAGAGGUGGAAGGACAGCUGAAACGGAAAUGAAGAGCCUAAUAACACAGAAAUCAUGCGAGAAACAAAGGUUUAAGACUUUAUUCCUAAUCCAAAUGCGAUGUGGAUGAAAAGAAAAAUAAGUGAGGGCAAAUAAAAAUAGUAUAAGAGAGCAUGGGCGAGUUGGUAUGUUUGUUUUAUGCAGGGUCGUAAUCUGAACAGAUACAAGCUCCGCUGACUCACGUGACCCUUAGCCCGGCAUUUAAAACAUUAUAUAAACUGGGGAUUAUUAUAACUGCACAGCUCCAGAGAGGCUGAGUGAUUUACUGAAGUGGGAUGAGAAAAGACUCUUAUCUCACAUGUUUUCCACUCUGUGGGAGGGUUGCAGUGCUGGAUUCCGUCACUGCUGUUUAUCCAAAAACUAAAAUGAUGGUCAAAUCUGGAGGGAUAUUUCUCAUCAGCAAAAAGUAGUUCUGCACCAGUAGACGGUCCAAAAAUUCUCAAAUUUCAAGACAGUUUUUCAGCAAGAUGUGAAAAUGCAGCACCAGCGCCACCUAGUGGCGAUGAAAGAAAAUGAAUGCUUAUUGUAUUUCACUGUAGAAGCAGUCCUACAAAACUGACUAGAGUAUAUUGGGUUUUUUUUUUAUUUUUGAAUAUCAGAUGCAAAUAUAUGAAACAUGUUAGCGGAUAAAUAUGUACAGUAAAAGUUGCAUAACACACAAAAGCAGGAAAUGCAAAACAUUUAGCAAAAAUUAGAGGAUAAGGAGUAUACAACACGCUCGCAUUCUAUCCGGAGGGAGACUGAGAGAAGUGGUGAAUGAUUGUCAACCAAGUGAGGGAAUAAAAUAAAAACAGAAUAUAAAGUCGGUUUUGAAACGGAGAUUAACAGUGCGCCAUCGGUGUGGGGGGUUUGGGGGAGAAGCGAUGCUGGUGCAUUAGUUUGCUGAAGAAACUUGCCUCACGGGAACGUGAGGUGACAUCACCAUACAUGUCCGGGAGGACGCCGGGAACCUGCGUCAGCUCUGCACAAACUGUGCUGUACAUCCAGCUGCCUUCACACCUCCUCCAAGUUCAACCUGACGCAUGAAACACGGCGUGUACAAACCCCAGGAACUCCCACAGCCAACCAUUAGCUUCAACUAUGUAAAAUGUAACAUAUGACUCCUUAUAUAAAUGCACUUU